AGGCUCCUGUGAGCACAGCCAUGGAUGGUGUGUUGGAGGGAGCGGCGGUGUUGUGUGUAUGUAAACUGGCCGGCAGUCUUCUCUUCCUGCCCUCGCUGACUUCCUCCUACAGUCCUGUCAGCUUCUGCUGCUGCUGCCUGUUGAUCUUCACCGACUUCCUGGUAACAGUUUUUCUGAGUUUCCUUUGCGUCUUUGAGUUCUGGCUGAGUGAACUGAGCCCAAUCGGUGAUGUUGUUGCCCUGCGCUUCCUGCUGUUCCUCAGCCACACAUAUGGCGUGGUGUUACUCCUGACCACACCUCUGAUUGCUGUGGAGACUGUGACCAGACUGCUGGUGCCUCACUCUGUCUUCGCUCACAGGGCCGUGGGCCAAACAGUUGACUCUGAUGGACAGCAUUGUUAUACUGGGGAGAUAACUAUGGAAGAGGAGGAGGACAGCAACAAUCCGGACACAGACAAAGACAAGGGGUUGUCUCAUGUUGUCGGCUACCUCUGCUGCCUGUCGGUGUGGGUUUUUGUCGCCCUGAAUGUCAGGUGGCAAUGGAAGCUGGAGGAAGAGUGGGCUGCUGCCUGUUUGCACACAACCAACUCCCUCAUCAGAUGUUUGCCCAACCUGUUCAGCCCCAUGCCCAGCGCCGUGAAUCCCUUCUGUGUCAUGGCUUUCCUCUCCCUUCUCCUGCUCCUCCUGACCACAAGCACAGGCCUUCACAGGCGACACCGGGCCCCUGCGCAUAUGGAGGGGAAGCACCGAGCAAAACGUGGAGCUAACGGCGACAGUGACCGUUGCCGGCGAGACCUCGUUUCAGCCCAGUGUGCACCCUCCUCGCCUAUGAACCCUGGGAUGCCGGUGUCAGAGCCAGCACAGUGUGUUGACCUAGAGAAAACAGAGAGCAGCUGGACCGUUCACAGAGCGUAUUCCUGGAACAUCGUGCAGAUGUCGGCGCGUCACCAUGGAGACUUUGUCCUCAUCUCCCCCGGGAGUAUGUCUGCAGAGAGGGGAGGAAAGGAGCACGAAAAGACAAAGAAAGGUAUACCUCUGACAUUUAUCAUGGAGGAACACGUGUGCUCACAAUACAGCAGCCAGCUUGGAUGGCAACAAUGGGGUUUUCCCUGCCUGGGGGUGAAAGUAAUGAUAGGGUUCGUGGGUGUGCUCUCCAUCUUUCUGCUGCCUCUGAACCUCAGUGUGAACAUUCUUCUGAUCAGGACUAUAGAGACACUACUGGAGCUGUGUGUCCGAUCUUUAGUUUCAUCUGCAGCGAACACAAGCGACACAUCAGCCUCUCACAGUGAAACAUUUUUAUGAAACCAGACUGGCGAGGGGCAAAAGUGGACGCUGAUCCGAGGCCAUUUGCAACAGGAUCACCAGAUUAAUAUUGCAUGUGCGCAGACAACAGGUCUACCUCUCGACACUGGUUUGACUAGGGAGUAAAUAUGCAUUACUGAGCAGCUAUUCACAUGUGAGGAAUAAUAUGUGGAAACUGCUGAGAGGUGCUGAGGAGGCAGGUUGAGGCGUGCUUGGUACAGAGACACUAAAGCUGACUGAAACAGAUGGCUGGGAGCCCUUCUCUUACUAUUCAGAGCCUUAAGAUCUGCAACCAUUUGUCAUUACACAACGGGUUACAGAGUGAGCCUCUGCAGUUGAAAUAAGACUAAUCCAGGGCGUUUUGAAAGGAAGGAUCUGAAGUGCGCUGAUGCCGCAUCACAUAAACCCUGGAUAAAGCAACCUAUAAAUAAACACGGAGUGAUUUGGGGGUGUAUCACAGAGUUUGUUUUCCUUCUUUGUAGUUUUGCCCCUGUUCUUAAAUCGGUUGGUUUAAAAGGACUGACCUGCUCCUCAGAGGUGGAAAGUAACUAAAUACAUUUACUCAAGUACAAUUUUGAGCUACUUGAGUAUUUUCAUCGAAUGCCACUUAAUACUUCUACUCCACUACCUUUCAGAUGGAAAUGUU